GAGAGAGAGAGAAGUGUGGCCGUCUGAAAAAAAAAAAGGGGUGGAGACGCAUGUUGGAGCAGAGGAGAGGAGAACCUGGCUGCUGAGAGAGUUUUCCCAGGCUUCAGUCGAGCACCCAGCAGCACUCCGCUCCACUCCACUCCGCUCAGCUCACUCCAGCUCCGCUGACGCACGCCACAAGACUCUCGCCAGGCAGAGAGCCAGGACCAGCAGAGCAGAGCAGCAGAGCAGCAGAGCCCCAGAGCGCAAGAAGCCUUCUACUCCUCCGGACGCUCCCAGGAAGGUAAACCCACCCCGGCCCCCCUGCCCCCCGUCCCGCCACGAGCCCGCAGCCAUGGGAGAAGACGCCGUCAUGGCCGAACGCAGCAGCAUGAUCAGCACUCACGAGAGCCAGGAGCUGGUGGUGCCCAGCCCCAGCCCCACCCAGUCCUCCCCCACCCACAGCCUGUCGCAGCUGGGCAGCAAUGCUGCCCCCGAGCCUGGAGCUCCGACUGCUGGUGGCACUCUGCCCAGGGACGGCAUGUCCCCGACGGGCCAGGUGAACGCCAUCACAGUCCUGACGCUGCUGGACAAGCUGGUCAACAUGCUGGACCAGGUGCAGGAGAACCAGCACAAGAUGGAGCAGCGCCAGGCGGACAUGGAGGGGGCAGUGCGUGGCAUCCAGAACGACAUGACCAAGCUGUCCAAGAGCCACACGUCCACGUCCAACACGGUCAGCAAGCUGCUGGAGAAGAGCCGCAAGGUCAGCGUCCACAUGAAGGAGGUGAAGGACAAGAUGGACAAGCAGGCCUCGCAGGUCAAGAAGCUGGAGGCCAACCACUCGCACCUGCUCAAGAGGAACAACUUCAAAGUGCUCAUCUUCCAGGAGGAGAAUGAGAUCCCCUCCAGUGUGUUUGUGAAGGAGCCUCCUCCGUUCCCCCGCGAUGCCGAGGACAACCCAUCGGUGGACGCCAAUCGCUCACAGGAGGAGGGCCUGCAGACCAUCAACCUGUCCUCGGACGAGGAGCUGGGCCUGGACGAGGAGGACGACGAGAGUGUGGGCGUGCUGGAGCUCCAGGGGGAGCACCUGGAGAAGUCGCGCGCCGAGAAGAUCAAGCGCUCCAGCCUGAAGAAGGUGGACAGCCUGAAGAAGGCCUUCUCGCGCCACAACAUCGAGAAGAAGAUGAACAAGAUCAGCACCAAAAUAGUCUCGGCGGAGCAGCGCGAGAAGAUCAAGAAGAGCCUCACGUCCACGCACCCCAAGGGCUCGUCCUUCAAGGUCUCCCCGCUAACGUUCAGCCUCAGGAAGCACCGCGGUGGCAGCGGAAGCGGAGGAGAUGCGGAGGCUGACCCCAAGGCCACGGAUGGCGACCAGGGAGUGGACUCGCCCACUGCGGUGGCCUCCAUCGAGCUGGCGCCCAUCAGUCCAGGAGAGGACCUGCCCUUCACCGAGCUACACCCUCAGCUGGCGCCUGACACCGAGGAGGUCAAGGCCGCCGUGGAGUCCAUGGAGAAGGAGGCGCUCGACCUCACAGCCUCUGGGGAGGAGGUCAGCGCGGAGUAUGCGCUUUCCGCGACCCUGCCUCAGGACGCCUCUGUGUGCAACGGCACUGAAGGAGAGGGGAAGGAGGAGGCGGAGGAAGAGGAGAAGGAGGCGGUGGAGGCAGAUGUGGGGGAGAAGGAGGUGGCAGCGGCGGCAACGGCAGCAGCAGCAGCAGCCGAGCAGGAGGAGCCAGAGGUGGACCGGGAGGUGAAGAACGCCGUGGAGAACGAGAGUCCAGCUGAGGAGGCAGGGGCUGAAGCAGCAGCAGCGGCGGCGGCGGCCGUUCCUGAGGCUGUGGCCGUGCAGCAGGCGUCCUAAUAACCCCCCCCAACCAUGCCUGAGCCCAACACACACACACACACACACAAACCAGCCCUGAAUCCAACAUUCACACACACACACACACACACACACACACACAUUCCUUUCUCCCUAACACUUUCAAACAUACACACUCCCCUGACCAGUCCCCCAUUCCGUUCUCAACACCCAAGAGAAACGGGCAUCAUCCCUGAACAUUAAUCCUCAUUGACAUAUGCACCAUACCUGGACAUUAAGCACCACCUAUUAAACCUGCUCUUAUACAAAUAAACAGUGACUUGUCCUAUAGGGACUUUACAUUGCAGUGCAACAUGACAUGAUGACCCUUUCUCAACAAAGCCCACAUUUAUAUUUCUUACUCCUUUCUGUUCUGAUGCUUUCUUAUAACAUAAAUGACUGAUCAACUACAACCCUUCAAAUAUCCCAUGAUCCCUCUUGUUAGUGAUGACGAGACACCUCUUACGCCGUCAGCUCUAGAUAGACCAUUGUGCCUGUAUUGUCCAGUAGUUUUCCUGUCUCGUAUCAAACCAUGAAACAGUCCACUGGUAUAGGAGAGGUUUUAUUUACUAACGAGUGAAAGUGACCACACGCAUCGCCAUUUGUUUGCCUUUCCUGACCAACCAAGUCAACUAUCCAUCCCCACGUCUCUCUACCUGUCUGUCUGACUACCUGUCUCUCUGCCUGUCUGUCUGACUACCUGUCUGUCUGUCUGUCUGUCUGUCUGCUCUGAGCUCCAUGAUUUAAGGACAUCAAAAGCCUUAGGCAAGAAAACAAAAGGAGAGCCAGUAUCACCCAGCCUGUCAGCACAUUUCACUCAUUGGCAUGGAGUUCUAUGGCCCACAAUCCAUCUCUCUGAGAACAGACUGUGCGAGGAGGGCCUGGCAGAGGUGUGCCUCGUCCAAAUGUAGAGGAGAUGCCUAGAACGCACCUGGCCCAGAUCUGGCUACAAUCUUUUGGAUCAGAUCAUUUGGAUCCAUUCAGAAGCUAUCAGAAGUUUUCAGGAAUCCGACUUCAGUAUCUUCACUGAACAACUGCCAGUCAUACUCCCUGUGUGUUUUGUAACACCAAACAGACACACUCUUACCAUAUUUACAGAUGAGUGUAUGAGAUUGCACUGAAAGAGUUUCCAUGAGUUCUCUAUGUGUAGGUUAUAAUAUAAUGCUAAGAUAUAAUUAAUACAUGCUAGAGGAAUGGAUUUGCGAACAAAACUAGAGUGAAUGCAGUUUGAAUCUAUCAAAAAGGACAAAAUCUCAGUUUUCACCAUUAACUAUGUCCAACCUAUAUGACUUUGUUAUUGACUUCAUCAUAGUAGUCAUAGUAUGCAAUAUGCAAAAACUCCAGUAUUGAAAAUGCAUUGGUUGCUCAAAUGUUAAUGUAUGUUGAAUGUGAAUGUUGCAUUUACCACAGCCGGUAUUGUAUGUUGACGACGUUUUAAGUUCUUACUUAAUGGGGAUGGGCGUGGUCUGGUAUCUCCUCGGCCUCCACACUGUCUGUGUCUGGCAUGGCGAGGAUUCCUGCUUUUGAAAGAUGCCCCAAGAGGCCCUAUUUCUCAACUCGGAGGUGACAGGGGCCUGGCAUGAAGUUAGUGUGGUCUGUGUGAAAGAGAGAGAGAGAGAGAGAGAGAGAAAUGGGAGAGAGUAAGAGAGAGAGAGAGAGAGGGAGAUGGUUUGCAUACUUCACAGUGAUGGAGGAUUUCUUUGGAUGUUGCAUAGAACACCAAAAGAGCUGCGUAUGGUAAACACCAGACAGAUGGAGGAGAAAGGGAAGGAGAUGAGAGGGAUGGAAAUG